AUGGCGCCUUCGCUCUCUGUUGUUGUUGCUGAUGGCGCGUACUAUUUCAAAGAUUCCAGCAAACCUGGUACUUUGAAAAUCUCUAAUACUGAAAUAGAUGUUGUUGACUCGACUUUUUUCAACACUGUUAAAGGAACGGUUCGAACGAUUGUAGCCAUUCUUGGAAUUAUUCGCCUUCGCUUAGGACGAUACAUUGUUGUUGCAACUGAAGCUGAAAGUACAGGCUCUCUUCAAGGCCACCCAGUUUAUCGCAUUACUUCCUAUGACAUACUUCCUAUUGUACAGUAUGCCAAUGUCAAGGACCGCUCAGAGGAUACCUACUUGAAACUUUUAGCCAAUCAUUUGGAAUCAGCCUCUCUUUACUUUUCCCCUUCUUGGGAUCUCACCAACUCGUACCAACGUCAAUCUGGCCCCGCAGAACAAUUGUGGCAACUUUCCGAUGUAAGAUUUUUUUGGAAUAGAUACGCUUCAUUGGACCUCAUUGAUGCUGCGGCCCGUCAGCCUCUUGUAGGUAGUUUUAUUACGCCCACUAUUUACGGCUAUGCUCAAUUCAAAGAAACUACUAUUCUUGGCCAUCCGGUUUCAUUUGGUUUAAUCACCCGUCGCAGUACAUUUCGUGCAGGUACCCGCUAUUUCCGCCGUGGCAUUGAUGAUGACGGUAAUGUCGCAAACUUUAAUGAAACGGAACAAAUUAUCAUGGUUCCUACACAAGGCGACAGCGACACUGAGAUGCAGGUCUUCUCAUACCUCCAAACUAGAGGUUCUGUCCCUGUUUACUGGGCCGAAGUGAACAACCUCAAAUAUGCUCCCAAACUUUCUGUUGGCUCCAGUCCAUUGGAAUCUGCUCGCAAGCACUUUGAUCAACAAAAGAAGUUAUAUGGAAAGAAUUACCUUGUUAAUCUUGUUAACCAAAAGGGUAGAGAACUUGCUGUUAAAGCUGCCUACGAAAAUCUUGUUCAUGCACUUAACGACCCUGACCUUGACUACGUUUACUUUGAUUUUCAUCAUGAAUGCAGCCGCAUGCGUUAUGACAGAGUUCAAAUUUUAAUUGACACCCUUUUGAAGGACGGCAUGGACAAACAAGGCUGGUACGAGGCCAAAAUUGGACGCGAAAAAAGUAGCGUUAAUAGAGUGCAAAAGAGCGUUGUCCGUACUAACUGUAUGGACUGCUUGGAUCGUACUAAUGUCGUUCAAAGCCAGCUUGGUCGUUGGGUGUUGCAAAAACAACUCGAGACUGCUGGAUUACUCAAACCUGGUCAAAAGUGGGAAUCCGAUGCUGCUUUCGAGUACAUUUACCGAAACAUUUGGGCCGAUAAUGCUGACGCUGUGUCUACUUCUUACAGUGGCACAGGUGCGCUUAAGACGGAUAUCACUAGACAAGGAAAGCGCACCAAAAUGGGCGCGCUCAUGGAUUUUAAAAACUCAGUUACUCGCUAUGUAAAGAAUAACUUUUUGGAUGGUGCGCGACAAGACUCUUUUGACUUGUUUUUGGGUAAUCAUCUUCCAUUUGAGACAGUUGAUCCCCCCUUUUACGAUUCACGUCCCAUAUCUUACCAGAUUGCACCCUAUGUUCUCUGGGGCUCGUUGGUUAUGGCCGUUGCUGCUACAUUUUUCCCCAAGGAAGAUGCACCGUGGUAUGUCAACCGACUGUUCCAAUUCUUUUGGGUUGGAAUGGUUGUAUACUCAGCCAACUUCAUUAUUUCUAAUGGCCUUCAAUAUGUGCGCUGGCCUAAGUUGACCAAUCCUGGAUUUCUCCAGGAGGUCGAAAUUGUUAAAAAUGGCAAGACUAUUGGUUAUAUCGUGACAGAAUCCGAUAAGGACGAGUUCAACAGUAAGAACCAGUGA